UUCCGCAAGGGUUACCAGCUCUUGGACCCUUAUGUCACCGUCAGCGUGGACCAGGUGCGCGUUGGGCAGACCAGCACCAAGCAGAAGACCAACAAACCCACCUACAACGAGGAGUUCUCCACCACGGUUACCGACGGCCAUCAGAUCGAGCUGUCCGUCUUCCAUGACACCCCCAUCGGCUACGAUGACUUUGUGGCCAACUGCACCUUGCACUUCCAGGACCUCUUGCGCUCCGCCGGCCCCAGCGACAGCUUCGAAGGCUGGGUGGAUUUGGAGCCAGAAGGCAAAGUGUUUGUUGUCAUAACUCUUACAGGCAACUUCACAGAAGGGACUCUCCAGAGGGAUCGAAUUUUCAAGAACCUCACUCGGAAACGCCAGCGGGCGAUGCGAAGGCGAGUGCAUCAGGUGAACGGCCACAAAUUCAUGGCUACCUACCUGCGACAGCCUACGUACUGCUCGCACUGCAGGGAGUUCAUCUGGGGCGUGUUUGGGAAGCAGGGAUACCAGUGCCAAGUAUGCACCUGUGUUGUACACAAGCGCUGCCACCAUCUAAUUGUUACAGCUUGCACGUGCCAAAACAAUACUAACAAGACCGAUCUCAAGGUGACUGAACAGAGGUUUGGAAUCAACAUUCCUCAUAAGUUCAGCGUCCACAACUACAAAGUCCCAACUUUCUGUGACCACUGCGGUUCCUUGCUCUGGGGAAUCAUGCGACAGGGCCUACAGUGUAAAAUCUGUAAAAUGAACGUCCACAUCCGAUGCCAAGCAAACGUUGCACCGAACUGUGGGGUGAACUCAGCAGAGCUUGCUAAAACCUUGGCAUGCAUGGGUCUGCAACCAGGAAGCAUUUCCCCAAAUUCGAAGCUGGUUUCAAGAUCUACUUUGAGACAUCAGGGAAAAGGCAGCCUGAAAGAUGGCAACAACAUUAGUGAAAGUUCAGCAAGCAAACUUGGGAUCAAAGACUUAACCUUCCUUCGUGUAUUGGGAAAGGGCAGUUUUGGAAAGGUGAUGCUUGCCAAGAUGAAAGAGAGUGGGCAGCUCUAUGCAGUGAAGGUGUUGAAGAAGGACGUCAUUCUCCAAGAUGACGAUGUUGAAUGUACCAUGACCGAGAAACGCAUCCUUUCAUUAGCAAGGAACCACCCAUUCCUCACCAAGCUCUACUGUUGCUUUCAGACUCCU